AGCAUGUGGGUGGCGGAGGGGCCGCCCCGAAGCCGGUGGCACCUGCGGGACCGCGCGCACGCCGGCCGCUUCCUGGCCACGGCCGAMGAGCUCCGCGCCGCGGGGCAGCUCGUGGACGUGGCCGUGGGCCCCGAGGGCGACGUGGCCCACGCCGUGGUCCUGGCCUCCGUCAGCUCCUUCUUCCUCCAGUUCCUGGAGGGCCGGAGCGGGGAGCGGCCCCACGGCUCCGUGCCCCACGUGGCGCUGCCGCCGGGGGCCACGCCAUGGGGCUGGCGGGCCGUGCUGGCCUUCGCCUACGGCGGCACCCUGCCCCACGGCAAGGAGAAGGAGGUGGAGGAGACCGCGCAGGCCCUGGGGGCCCCGCGGGUGGUGGCAGCCUGUGCCCCACAGCCGGGGGGCACCCCCCAGGCCCGCCCCGAGCCCCUGGAGCAGCAGUGGGAGACGCUGAGGUCCAUGGAGCAACUCCACGCCAGCGGCUUGGGAUGCGACCUCCGGCUGCAGGCGGGGGACGAGGUGAUUCCAGUGCAGCGCCUGGCCCUCAGCUGCUCCUGCGACUUCUUCCGCGCCCUCUUCACGUGCCCCAUGCGCGAGGCGGCCCACGACCCGGCCACGCCGCUGCCCACCAAGCUGUCGGCGGCCGAGCUGCACCUCCUGCUCUCCUUCGCCUACACGGGCGCCGUGGCGGGGCCCUGGCCCGCGGUGCUGGAGGCAGCCGAGACCUCCCUGCGCUACCAGGCCUGGGGGCUCCUCACGCUCUGCCUCGAUGUUUUCACCCACGGCCUCACCCCCGAGACGGGCCCGGACGUGCUGGCCUUCGCUGUGGACUACGGGCUGGCCCACGUCGGCCGCGCAGCCGAGGACUUCAUCUUGGCCACCUUCCCCAGCGUGGUGGCCACGCCAGCCUUCCUGGACCUCCCCGCGCACCUCCUCAUCCGCCUCCUCCGCUCUGACGCCCUCAACGUCCUCCACGAGCUAGAAGCCUUGGAAGCAGCAUCCCGCUGGCUCGUAGCCAACGGAGGCGGAGAGGACAACGAAGCCGAGGAAGUCCUAUCCUCUGUUCGCUUUGCCCUCAUGUCCGGCCAGGAGCUGAAGAAGAUCCCAUCGGUGACGGCAGGAGCAGCCAACCCCGGGCUCCUCCGCCAGCUCGUGGUGGCCAGUUUGUCCCCCACGGCCCAGCUGCCGUGCCGGGUGCGCUCCUGGCCGGAGGUGCUGGUGGUCUGCGGCGGGGACACGCUCACCACCGACAUGGCCGCGCGCAAGCCCAGCAGGCAGCUCUGGUUCGCCCACCGCUACCUCAGCGCCGUGGGGCUGGUGAAGCGCGUGGAAUGGCGGCCGCUGGGGCGCUUCCCCGACGGCCCGCGCUUCCGCCACGCCGUGGUGGUGAUCGGCAACGCGCUCUACGUCCUGGGCGGGAAGCACUACUACGGGGCCCGGGACACCCUGGCUAGUGUCUACAGGUAUCUGCCCAUGGAAGACUCCUGGGAGCACCUGGCCAGCAUGAACUGCGGCAGGAGCUACUUCGCGGCCGUGGGACUUGGGGGGUUCAUCUACGCCCUGGGGGGCAGCUCAGAUGAGCUCUACUGCACGGACUCCGUGGAGUGCUACGACCUGGCGACCAACACGUGGAGGCGGUGCCAGCCGCUGCCCGAGGCGCUGUGCGGGCACGCAGCCUGCGCCCUCGACGGUGCCCUCUACGUGUCGGGCGGCUGCGACGAGGCGAGCCGCUGCCGGGCGUCGCUGCUGCGCUACGCCGCCGACGGCCCCGCCGCGCCGCUGGCGCCCAUGAACGGCGAGCGCGCCGGCCACGUCAUGGAGGCGGCGGGCGGGCAGCUGUACGCGGCCGGCGGGCUGUGCCAGCGCGGCGGGCAGCGCGGCUACAGCGACCAGCUGGCCUUCGAGGUGUACAGCCCGCGCCUGGACCUGUGGGUGCUGCUGAGCCCGCUGCCCCGCGCGCACGUGUCCGGCAGCGCCGCCGUGCUGGGCGCCGAGCUCCUCGUGCUGGGCGGCUACAGCCACGAGACGUACCGGGACACGCACCUGGUGCACGCGUACCAGCCGGGCAGCCGGCGCUGGAUCACGCGCGGCACGCUGCCCCGCGCCUACAGCGACCUGCGCGCCGGCGUGCUCACGCUGCCCGCCGCGCUGCGACGGGGCGAGGAGACCCUAGGAAGGCGCCUUGGGCACUUCCAUGGGGCAGGAGCCGCCCAGGGGCGCUAG